CACGCGCAAGCCCCCCGUCCUCCUCUCGCACGCACACCAAACCCUCGUCGCCGUUGCCGUACCGCCCACCCAUGGAUCCGCCGGUCAUCGGCAGCCCUAGUUUCCCGAGUUGCCGCCCCCUACCCAACUACCCACCAUCCAUCGGCAACAUCCCUUACGUCUAUGUUCCCGGGGAUGGGACCACGAUAGGCGACUUCGUCCCGUGCGCGAGCGUCGCGGAAUUCUCCCCCCACCAGCCGCCGCCGCCGCCGCCGCCGCCGCCUCCAGGGUAUGUGAAGACGGAACAUGUGCCUUGCCCUUCCCGGACUGCCUUUCGACAUUCGCAGUACCCUCAGAGGCCACCAGGGCGCCGUCUUAUCCCAUCUCUAGGGCCACCUUUCCUGUGCCGGAAACAAUAUGAGUGGGGUAUUGAUUUCUACAUCAGGAUCGAUAAUGCGGGAUACUAUCAUGCUUAUCCUCAUGUUGGUGGACCAUUUCAGAACCUACAGGAAGCAGAACAUGCUAUCGAGUGCUAUCUUCAUGAUCGUCGGGAUACAAAAAUGUUCUCAAUGGAUAAUAUGUCUCGAGUGGACAUCGCUAUACGAAACUCCCUUUACUUUCCUGAUGGCACAAGGAGGAGACGUUUGAGAUCGGAACCGGUUGAUGAAAUCCGUUAUAGCGAGCGCCAGUUGGUUAAUGCUUUGAUGGACAAGUAUAAUGAGGACAACAAUCUGCUGGGGGAUCUUGCAUAUGAAGUGAACGAUGUAGCGUGCUACCAACCUUUUUGUGAGGGUGAUCUCCGUAUGUGGUUCCAUCACGUUAAUUUCACUGCAAAGACUAAAUCAACACCUUAUUGUGAGUUCUUCUUCGCUGAAGUCAUAUUUAUGCAAGAAAACUCUUUGGAGUUGCCAGUCAGCUGUUUAUGCAGGCUUAAACCUACUGAUAAUGGUAACUGCUUUGGUUGUAUAAACAAUGGAAGUGUUGAUAUGAUGCAUCCCAGUGAUGUUGGUUAUGCUGGUGGCCAUGCGAUGAACACUUACCAGCCAUUCAGUGGACCUAGGGUAAUGCCAGGAAGCUAUGAAGAGGAAAGCUACGAAGCUGAGGAGGCCAGGUUGAGAAGUACUUUGCAGUGCCUUGACAAUCCAGAGAUGAUGGAAGGACCACCAAGACCGUCUAAGUUCUGGGACAGCCUUGUUAAGGUAUACAUUGGACCACUGGGAUACUCGGACCGAGACCGUGUACCACCAGGAUUCCCAGGUAGUGGAGCUACACAACACAGUGCACCCCCGGCCCCGCGUGCGCAAUACUUUGGGGUUGGCCGUGGUGCUAUGCAAUGCUUUGCACCUCCAGAUCUCUCGGGGUUGUCUUCUUCAUAAGUCAUGGAUUUUAUUGUAGAAUCUGGUUAAAUUCGAGACUGUUGUAACUAACAUGCAUUUGAAUACUAUAUACUCUUUGAGCGACAAAUGUCUUUCAUCAAGACGGAGUGACGGAUUCCAUUUUGGUAGCCUGAACAUGGUGCCAAGUGCUCUUAAUAUACUUAUUAUCUGCCAAAAGUAUUGAAUGGGGUGGACGAUUUGCCACAUCUUGUCUUUGUUUACAAAAUUAGAAGCAGGAAUGGAGUAUAUACGAAGUCGUGACACAUGUUGCUUUGAUCGUAUCAAAAGAAGUGUGACUUGCGGAUGUAUGAAAAAUGAUGCCAUGCAUCACACCAACCAUUUUGGUGCCCUCAGCAGCAGACACCACUAUGGGCCUGCCCUUCCCAGCCUGACUGGUGACAUUGCCAGUACCCUCAGAGGCCACCUUAUCCCAUCUCUAAGGCUACCUUUCCUGUGCCGGAAACAAUAUGAGUGGGGUAUUGACUUCUACAUGAGGAUCGACAAUGCGGGAUACUACUAUGCUUAUCCUCAUGUUGGUGGGCCAUUUCAUAACCUACAGGAAGCAGAACAUGCUAUCGAGCGAUAUCUUCAUGAUCGUCGGGACCCAAAAAUGUAAAUUUUCUCAACUUUCCUCUCGAUUUCGAGCCCUCCGGUUUUGUUUUUGUCCAUUACAAACCAUCAUAAUAAGCUGUUUCUAUUUGUUCUCUAUUGAACAAAGAGCACAUCUCAAACUAAUUCACUAUAAAAAUAUGUCUACAUACUAAAUACAAUUUAUACGAAACCUUUAUACUUAUUUAAAACCUAUAUUCUAUGAUACCACAACCUUAAGAAAUGUAUUUUUCUAUUACUUUCUAAGCACAGAUAACUACACAACGAUGCUGCUAAAUGUUAAUUAUACAGUUAUUUGAUAUAGAAUUAUAUUGUCUAUGACUUUAUUAUUUGGAUAACUCA